AUGCGAAUCGGAGGACGCGCAGGACAGGUCGCACUUCUGCGGAACAUCGCGCCAGGAGAAGCCGUCAUGCAAUCGAUCCGUCUCGCGAACCCAUUCUCCAUUUUCUUGCUCCUCAUCGCCGCCGACUUCACCUGCUUCCUGUUCAGAGUGGUGUUUAUCGGACGCGUAAGUUUCCGGGAACCCUUUUCCAGUUGUUCCGUUUGUUUGUAUUCAGCCGCCGUCUUCUGUCCGAGAAGCGCGCGAAUGUCUUCACUUUCACACGGCCACAGUGGAGAACGACGAUCAGUUCUUCCGAAGAGUGAGUCUCUCUUCUUCUUCUGAAUUCUCCCCUUUUCUCAGUUAUGGCCCUCCCUUCACCAAGUCAUCGACAAGUGCUCCUACCGUCAUUUCCGUGAGCGAAUCAAAGUGAUCGGCUCUCCGAAACUCUCGAUUCUCUGGCUCAACUGGCUAGUCGACGUCAGUUUCGAUCGAAACUUUCCAAGAAUUCCAACAGUUUGCAGGCAGACGAUCACGUGUGUAACGUCGUUUUCAUUCACGAUUCGAACAGUGUGGCGAUGGAAAGGGAGAUGAAACGGUUCACCAAAAAGUGUGUCGUGUACUCGCUGAGUGACAAGCACAAGGUUUGAGAAUAAGGAGCUCGGCGAGCACGGAAUCGAUUUCAGGAGACGACUCGAUACCAGGAUCCCCGGUACAGCGUGCUCACUCUCAAACAGAAUAUCAGCUCGAAAGCGAGGCAUUUGGCGUGGGGAGUCGACCACUGUGAGUGACCGAACUCUUCCGAAUCCACACCAGAUUGCUUCAGAUGCUCGAGACGCCGAUGCAGUCGAUUUGGCAUAUUUCACGGUGGUUCAAGUGCACAAACUGCGCUACGACUCCAUUAAUAUCUUUUACGACGGCAACGAACACAUCAAAUCGUUGUUCACCAAAUCGCCGUUCGACGAAGCCAAUCUGGCAACUUGCCAAGUGCGGUCCAUUGUUAAUUAUUUCAUUCGAACUCUGUUCUUUGCAGUUCAACGUCAUCUACAAUCGUCCGAAAGGCCGUCUGGCUCGUCGCGAAUUUCGUGCCACGUGGAAGCGAUUACUGUACGACAGACGGUACUUGAUUGCGAGCGUUCGGAGAGUGAACGGAGGAGAAGCCCUUGCCCUGCUCAUCCUGAACAUUAGCGAACCUUACUGCUGGGCCAAGUACAUUAGCAAUCAGCCAUUUGUGGCGAAGAAUAUCUGA